AAUGCGCCACAAAUCCCAGCGCGUGCGCGUGACGUCACUAUUGAGUCCGGCCCAGCCAAGAUGUCUGACAGCAUUCCGCUAGGUCCAAUGCGGAAGAAUUCGAAAAGGCUGCCUUAUUACAACUCAGCUAGACUCUCCAGAUUCUCUAUAGACGAUGAGCCUUCAAACCUGGAUGAGAUGCCUCUGAUGAUGUCGGAGGAAGCCUUUGAGAACGAUGAGAGCGACUACCAGACGCUGCCCAGGGCCAGAGUCAACCAAAGAAACCGGGGCCUCUGCUGGUUUCUUUGUGGGGGCUGGAAAGUCCUCUGCUCCAGCUGCUGCGACUGCCUAGCUCGUGUUUGCCGGAGGAAAAAGGAGAUGAAGGCCAGGACCGUCUGGCUGGGCCACCCUGAGAAGUGUGAAGAGAAAUAUCCCAAAAACUCCAUCAAAAACCAGAAGUACAACUUCAUCACCUUUGUACCAGGGGUCCUUUACCAACAGUUCAAGUUCUUUCUCAAUCUGUACUUUCUGGUGGUGGCCUGUUCCCAGUUUGUGCCGUCACUGAAGAUUGGCUAUUUGUACACGUACUGGGCACCGCUGGGUUUUGUUUUGGCUGUCACAAUGAUUCGGGAGGCUGCUGAUGAAAUCCGCCGCUUCCAGCGGGACAAAGAGAUGAACUCUCAGCUCUACAGCAAGCUCACAGUACGAGGUAAAAUACAGGUGAAAAGUUCCGACAUUCAGGUUGGAGACAUGAUCAUUGUUGAGAAGAACCAGAGGAUUCCUGCAGACAUGAUAUUUCUGAGAACCUCGGAGAAAAACGGUUCGUGUUUCAUCAGAACAGAUCAGCUGGACGGAGAAACAGACUGGAAGCUGAAAGUAGCUGUCAGCUGCACACAGAGGCUUCCAGCAGUCGGGGACCUGUUCUCCAUUAGAGCCUUUGUCUACGCACAGAAGCCUCAACUGGACAUCCACAGCUUUGAGGGAAACUUCACCAGGGAAGAUGCUGACCCUCAGGUACACGAAAGCCUGAGUAUUGAGAACACUCUUUGGGCCAGUACAGUUGUAGCAUCAGGCACAGUGAUCGGGGUGGUGAUCUACACAGGCAAGGAGACUCGAAGCGUUCUGAACACAUCCUUUGCCAAAAACAAGGUCGGCCUUUUGGAUCUGGAGUUGAACCGCCUCACCAAGGCGCUGUUCUUGGCCCAGGUGGUUCUGUCAGUGGUCAUGGUGGCACUGCAGGGAUUUGUUGGUCCCUGGUUCCGCAACCUUUUCCGUUUUGUUGUGCUUUUCUCCUACAUCAUCCCUAUCAGCUUGCGUGUAAAUCUGGACAUGGGAAAGUCGGCCUACGGCUGGAUGAUCAUGAAGGAUGAAAACAUCCCGGGAACUGUUGUGAGAACAAGCACCAUCCCAGAAGAACUGGGCCGACUGGUCUAUCUGCUGACAGACAAGACGGGAACUUUGACACAAAAUGAAAUGAUCUUCAAGCGGCUGCACCUCGGAACAGUAUCCUACGGCACAGACACCAUGGACGAAAUACAAAGUCAUAUUAUCCAGUCGUACGCUAUGCCUGCAAGUGGUGGCACCAGUGGCACCACACCAUCACGGAAAGCCCAGACAUCAGGCCCGAAAGUCCGGAAGAGCGUCAGCAGUCGGAUUCACGAAGCUGUUAAGGCCAUCGCCUUGUGCCACAAUGUCACUCCCGUCUACGAGUCGUCCACGAACGUGAAUGGAGAGACAGAGAUUGCAGAAGCUGACCAGGACUUCAGCGAUGACAACCGAACCUACCAGGCCUCCAGUCCCGAUGAGGUUGCGCUGGUGCAGUGGACUGAGAGCGUGGGUCUGACCCUGGUGAACCGAGACUUAAACUCCCUUCAGCUUAAAACUCCGUCAGGACAGAUUCUCUCCUUCCACAUCCUGCAGAUCUUCCCCUUCACGUCGGAAAGUAAACGCAUGGGCAUCAUUGUGAAGGAUGAGUCAUCGGGUGAGAUCACCUUCUACAUGAAAGGCGCAGAUGUUGCCAUGGCGAGCAUCGUUCAGUACAACGACUGGCUGGAGGAAGAGUGUGGCAACAUGGCCAGAGAAGGUCUGAGAACGCUCGUCGUGGCUAAGAAGUCCCUGUCUGAUGAGCAGUACCAGGACUUCGAGAACCGUUACAACCAGGCCAAGCUCAGCAUCCACGAUCGAGCCCUGAAGGUUGCCGCAGUUGUGGAAAGUCUUGAGAGAGAGAUGGAGCUACUCUGUCUCACUGGCGUGGAAGACCAACUCCAAGCAGAUGUCAGACCCACGCUGGAGCUCCUGAGGAACGCUGGCAUCAAGAUCUGGAUGUUGACUGGGGACAAGCUUGAAACUGCUACAUGCAUUGCCAAGAGUUCCCACUUGGUCUCCAGGAACCAGAACAUCCACGUCUUCAAACCGGUCUCAAGCAGAGGAGAAGCCCAUCUGGAGCUCAACGCCUUCAGGAGGAAGCAUGACUGCGCCUUGGUCAUCUCUGGGGACUCCUUAGAGGUUUGUCUGCGAUAUUACGAGCACGAGUUCGUGGAGCUGGCAUGUCAGUGUCCAGCCGUGGUGUGCUGCCGCUGCUCUCCCACACAGAAGGCCCAGAUUGUCACGCUGCUGCAGCAGCACACCGCCAAUCGAACCUGUGCCAUCGGUGAUGGAGGAAAUGACGUCAGCAUGAUCCAGGCUGCAGACUGUGGUAUUGGUAUAGAAGGAAAGGAGGGGAAGCAGGCGUCUCUGGCAGCCGACUUCUCCAUCACUCAGUUCAAACACAUUGGCCGACUGUUGAUGGUCCAUGGCAGGAACAGCUACAAGCGCUCAGCCGCUCUGGGUCAGUUCGUCAUGCACCGAGGGAUGAUCAUCUCCACCAUGCAGGCUGUCUUCUCCUCCAUUUUUUAUUUUGCCUCUGUUCCCCUGUACCAGGGAUUCCUCAUGGUUGGAUAUGCCACCAUCUACACCAUGUUUCCCGUCUUCUCCCUGGUCCUGGAUCAGGAUGUGAAGCCAGAGAUGGCACUCCUCUACCCAGAGCUUUAUAAAGAUCUCACUAAAGGUCGCUCACUGUCAUUCAAGACUUUCCUCAUCUGGGUUUUGAUCAGCGUUUAUCAAGGGGGCAUCCUCAUGUACGGCGCGCUGGUGCUGUUUGAGUCGGAGUUUGUCCAUGUGGUUGCCAUUUCGUUCACGGCCCUGAUCCUGACCGAGCUCCUGAUGGUGGCGCUGACAAUCCGCACGUGGCACUAUUUGAUGGUGGUGGCGGAGUUCUUCAGCCUGGGCUGCUACCUGGCCUCCCUGGCCUUCCUCAACGAGUACUUUGGAAUAGGCAGAGUCUCUUUUGGAGCUUUUCUUGACUUGUCCUUCAUCACCACGUGGCCGUUCCUCUGGAAGGUGUUGUCCAUCACGCUGGUCAGCUGCCUUCCCCUCUACAUCAUCAAGUACCUGAAGCGCAAGUUUUCUCCCCCCAGCUACUCCAAGCUCUCCUCGUGAGCCCGACCGCUCCGCAGCACUUUUAUACAGUUAGAAAACAGAACUUGCACAAAGAGCCACUGAGAAUAUGUCAAGACCUAAAUCUUGGGUCACUGACAUGCUUUUUUUUACUUGAAAACAAAGAUGGCUCAUGUCAGAAACCUUGACAUUUUCCGGUCAGAAACAGCCUGCCUUCGCCAGUGUUGGGUUUUAAAGUGGGACCUGUCGGUUUACACGUUUUUGCAAGUGUUUUUCUUACAUUCCAGGUGUUUUUGUAGCCGCCAGCUUGACGCAGAAGCUUUUUUAAAGGUAUUUUUUUAUAAGACACUGCUUUGUAUUACUGACCUCGCAACGCUCAGUCGGGCUGGCAAUCAACAGAGAAACAGUGACAUCUAGUGGUGAGCUAUAUCACGAAUGUUUCCCGGCCGCAGGAUCACGUGACGUUCUGCUUUAAAUUUGAACGCUGAAGUAGGACAGGAGAAAUUGUAUUUCAAAUGAAAUUACAGUUAGGUUUCACUGCUGACCUGGUGUGACCUCGAGGUCAAGUGCUUGACCUUUCACCUGCCGACUCGAUGAGAUGUGUAACUCAAUCCUCUUUCUGCCGCCGCAGCCCGCCACUACAAUCCCGAGUGUUUCUCAAGUACUAACACAACGACCAUUUAACUGCGUUGAUGACAUCAUCUGUGAGUCACCGCUCUCGGUUUGUGCCUCAUUGUGAUCCAAAAGAAUCAUCAAACAAGUGGAUGUUUCUGUGUAACAAUUCUGAUUGUAGUUGAAGACCCUGGAACACUUGACUUUGCCCCCCCAAAAGGAGAAGAGUGGUGCUCUGUUUUGGGGAUAUGUGGUAUCCAAAAUGAGCAUGUGGAAAUGUCUGCCAUUCAAGCGAAACAGAAGUGAACCCUGCGAUGUUUGCACAUCAGCUACUUUAGCACUAAAACUCUCCGAUUAGAAGAAUGAAGUCAUCAAAUUUGACUCCUUUUCAACCAGCAGCUGGACUAAAAUUUGAAAGCACAAUGCCAAAAAACAAAGGGCCGAGGGUUUUAAACUCACUCCACAGCGCCCCCUUUCUCGGGAGGAACCACUCUGUCAGACAAUUCCACUGGUGCGUCUUUAAACGGACGCCGUAUUGAGCAGCCCCGAGCGUCUUGUACAGCUGGUGAAUUUGUGUGGAGGGUCGACGUCACGACGCUCGAGGAGUCGAGCUGCUGGAUGUUCAGACUCAGUCUAGCUGACCUAGUGUUCAAAAGCCUUCUGUCGUUCUGCUGUUCAAAACCGUCGUCGUCCACUGUUUAUGUGUUUCUACAAGAAUGUUUGUUAUUUAUAAUGUUGUUUAUAAAUAAAUGAUGUCUUAAAAUGUAA